UCUUAGUUGUACAGACUGCUAUCACAACAUACGCCAGGAAGAGUCCGAUCCGAUCUGUGCGUUUUACGUCUGUGGGGUCAACUCUCUCAGUCAAACUACCUUCAAAGAGCGGUUAGAGGAAAAUUGUUUUGAGUGUGUGCUGAGACCACCCAGUAUCCCAGGAUGGACUCUGAGAUUUUGAACAUAGAGGAGAUAGUGAUGGGACGGGGAUUACCAGAUCCACCUCCUGAAGCCCCCCCUGAAAAGCCAGCCGAACCAUACAAACCAAUCACUUUGAAUGGACCUCCUGCACCCUCUGUUCAACCCUACCAGCAUGAAAAUCUGCAGUGUUUCCAGUGCUUCAUCACAUUCUGCAGCGCCAAAGCCAAGGAAAGGCACAUGAAGAAGAGCCACCGGGAAGAGUAUAAGCAACAGCUUCAGCAGGGAAACACAUUGUUCACAUGCUAUGUGUGUGACCGCACAUUUCUGUCAUCUGAGGAAUUGACGCAGCACCAGCCAACACACAGCAAGGAUGACAAGCCCUUCAAAUGCGUUCACUGCAAGGAGAGCUUUAAAACAUUCUCUGAACUCACAGCCCAUAGAAGACAAGUGUGUCCAGAGAAACAGUUGGUAUGUAAAGAUUGCAAUGAAACCUUCCGUAGUGCUGGACUGCUGCGUACUCAUCGUCUGACUCAGCAUCCCCGCCCAGAUGUAGAGACUGCAGAACAGCCGGAGGACCCUGCGAAAACCCAUCGCUGUAAGAAGUGUGGUCAGGGCUUUGAAACAGAGUCAGAGCUGGUGGCUCACCAGGAGAAGUACCCUGAAGGUCAGCAAUGCAACGGAAGCGCUUCAUCCACGAAGAAACGUGGACGGCCUUCUAAAACUGAAGACCCGGCAGGUGUUGAGAAAAAGGGAAAGCGGAAAAAGAAAGAUGAGGCAGAAGCAUCUGAAGAGCCAAUGAAGGCCAGCAGCACAUCGGAGUCUGCAGCAACCCCAGCAGAGGAAAAGGGAAAAGCAGUUGGAGCAAAGCGAGGCCGUCCUUCAAAAGCAGCAGCAAAAUUAGAAACGGAAGAUAAGAAGAGUCCUGAGGAUGACAGUCAAGCCCCAGGGAAGGAGAAGAAACCUAAAGCAGAUCUAGCCCCGGCCCGUCAGCACCCGUGCCCUGAAUGUGACCUCUCAUUCCCCGGCUUGAUUCAGCUCCGUGCUCACAAGAAGGAGAAACACACCCCACGGAAAGCCCACCCCUGCGACGAAUGUGAAGAGAGCUUUGCCCGUCCUGAGCAGCUGGACGCCCACAUGUCACGGGCUCACGCCGUUGGUCGCUUUGCCUGUCCAACCUGCGGGAAGAGCUUCGGCCGUGAGCGCACCUUGAAAGCUCACCAGAAAAGCCACCCAGAGGAAAAGCCUGAAAACCCAAGUGCAAAGAGAUAAUUUACACAUGGGGACAUUGUGGAAAGUGUAUGGUUUUUGAAGAUUUUAGUCAGGAAUUGCCUUUUUUUCCUUUUAACAUUGGAGCUCUGAUGCUCCAGAUCAUGGUUUCAGAUGAGUUUGGAAUGGUUUUGAGAAUACUGUUUUAGCAAAUUUUGGAUUUAAAGUUGGGUUUUGAUUAUGAGCUGAUGGAAUUAUGGACAAACAGACACAUCAUCUAAAUUGACUAACCAAAUGUUGUUAAAUCCAUCUAUUACACCCUUUGUCACAGAGCAUAGUUUAUUUGUAAAAACAAACUGUUUUGAUUAACUUUUUAAAUGAUUUGUUUCAGUUUUUUAAGCGUGAAAUGCGUGUGGUGUGAAUUUAUUACUUGGUGUCUUGAGUUAUUCAACUCAUUUUGUGGUUUAAAAAAUGUUUUUUUAAUGUUUUUUUUCCUCUUGUUUUUUUUUUUUUUUUUUUUUCAAAACAGAUUGGGUAAGUACAUAUUUUGAAGAAAAUUAGAUGCCUAGUAAAGAUACUGUGUUUGAAUGUUUAGACAGUUUGUCAAAAGAAAUAUGUUAUGUACAGCUUCUGGUUCAUAUAAUGCAUUUUUUUACACUUAAUAUUUUGAUUAUGUUCCUUUCUAAAUUAAGCCUCAUUCAGGAGGAAUUUUAAAUUAACAUAAUUAAGUUCUGAUACAAUUUCAUUUUGGCUAGGUGCUCCAGAUUCAAUGUGGAGUGUUUGGCUUGUGGGCAAAAGCGAUCCACUAUAAUUCUGAUUUGUCUUACAGUAAAAUUUUCUUCCUUAUUUUUUCACUCAUUAGAGUAAAAUUUAAUGUCUUAAAUUUCUCAAUUGGAACUCAUGGCUUUUUAAUGCCUGUGAGUCCCAUAAGGAACCGUGUAUAUCCUGUCUUAUUCACUGAUUGGAUUGUUUCUCUCCCAACUGCAAUGUGUCUGGACACUGCAAAAAAUGUAAUAAAACAUGGUAUCCCAAGGGAGGCUGCUGAAGAAAUAACCUGC